GACGAAUUCACAGAGCACGAUGACGUUAGCGUGUUUGGAAGAUCACUUGGUGGCGGCUUCGAUGCACUAUGGUAGCUUGCCCGUUCUGCUCAACCUCGGCGCCAUCAUGCACGCGCGGAAACACUAUGCUGCCGCGCUGCACUACUACUUGCAAGUUCUGGCAGUGGACCCGUCCCACUCGUUGGCAUUGUCCAACUGCCACGCGCUAUGGCAGGCGCUGGUCAACGCCACAACACCCAUCACGUCGAGGCAUGCGUUUCUCCUAGCGGGUCCACCGACGAUAUACCUCUCCAACGGUGUCGUUGUCAGUCAACCCUUCGUUCCAGACAUCCUGACAGCAGACGCGAUGGAAGCAAUCAAGGCCGACAUCGCGGAAGCUCACUCGCGUGGCCAUCGUCACAUUGCCUUGGCCAAGCUCCAAGUGGCUGUGAUGCAUGAGCCAAACAAUGCGCUUCUUCUCAACGACCUCGGCGCGAUGCAAUUUCAAUUGGGACUUGUGACCGACGCAAUCGACUCGUUUCGUCGCGCCCUGGCAUUGCAACCUACCUAUGUGCAAGCACUCAACAACUUGGCGACGCUCGCACAAGACCAAGGCCGAGACGACGACGCGUUGGAGUUGUACCAUCAAGCGAUGGCGGUGGAUCCAUUCGAUGCGCAUGUUCGGUACAACGUUGGGAAUACGCUGUUUCACAUGCAGCGAUACGACCGAGUUGUCCGCACGUUGGUCGCUGCCUUUGGCUUGGAUGCGUUCCUGGAGUGGACGGCCCGUGACAAGAAUGAGCUUGGCAUGUCUGGCAUGGUUAGCGGCACUGAGGUCUCGGACACGCUGUUGCGCCGCCUGGGAGCCCUCGUAGCUGCGAUGCUCGUGGCGUAUCCAUCGCCUACGACCACUCGUUUCAAAUGCAUCCAAAAUGUCCUGACCCGUCAACAUGGCGUGCCGUUCGUGAACCAGUCUGCGUUUGAAGUUCUCGUUCGAAGCACUCAGAAGUCGUUCGAUCGGUCGUGGAAUGUUUUUGGCCUGGCAUUGCAUGCAAUGGACGCCAUGCGCAACACCGAUGGUGUCUAUCGAGCCAUCCACGAAACGUGCCAUCGAAAGCCGUCGCAGCCCUCGACCGGUGAUCCCUCGCCCGACGUCGUCGAGGCGCAAGACAUUGCGGACGGCAAGCCGUUGCUGUUUUUGGUCAUGCAAUACUACCGGCCAUCCGACCAAGCGCGCCAGGACGAGUUGGAUGCGUGCUUGCGAUCCAACUUGGCAAACGACAACAUUGCCGAGGUCCAUGUCUUGCUAGAAGAUCCAUUAGACCUAACGGCGGUUGUCGGACUCGGCGAGCAGCACAAGCUCCACGUGGCGGUUGUGCAUCAUCGCUUGACCAUGCGAGCGGCACUCGAAUAUGCAAACACAAAGCACCCGCACUCGUGGUGGGCCAUUGCAAACGCAGACAUCUACUUUGAUCAAUCGCUUCGCCUUUUCCUCGAUGGCCGUCGACUCGACAAGAACCGCGUCGUGGCACUGACGCGAUGGCAUUUCGACCAAGCACUCGGCCACGCGACCUUUCAACCGCGAAUUGAUUCGCAAGACGCGUGGAUCGUGUACCCGUCCGCGCUUCCCGCGGCCAUGCUGCCGCACGUGGAUUUUUACCUGGGGUACCUGCGGACAGACUCUCGGUUUGUCGCGGUCCUGACGUCGUUCAACGUGUCUGUCGAGAACUGGGGAUUCCAUGUCAAAGCAAUCCACGUGCAUGCUGCACCCCAUCGAACGUACACGUCGCAGCACACUGCGUGGGGGGCCGACCAAUACCUUUUGCUAUCUCUGUUGAAUUGGGAAACGUAAUGCACCGAUACAUGCUGGCGACAUCGUCGCUGACAUGUACUUGGUUGGGA